GGCGGCGCUACUCGCUUUAUUUUAUGAUCUGGCGGAGGGAGGGCUGCCACCUGUCUCGCCUGGCAAGGGUAGGGGCCUGCGUGUGGGUGGUGGCGUUUUUCUGUAUUCUUUGCCUGAGCUUGUGUUCUUCUCGUUCGUCUGGUAUUAUACCCGUGGCCUUCGUUCGUCCUUUAGCUAAAUCCUCGCAAACUCAUGCGCCAGCUGUGUCUUGUCUUUUGUUUGUGCUCUAA